CUGGCGUGUAAUUCAGUUGCCGUUCCAGGGGCAGCUGAACGGCAAUGAAACUGGUUGGUUUCAGGUUCUCUGGAGAACCGGAAUUUACAAACGGAAGUAACGGAACAUCGUGUACCGAUUCAUUGUGUAGGUGAUCAGAAUGAGUUUCCGAAAACGGCGCUCUUCUGCCACACUACAGUUGGAUGAGGCUUCAAGGAUACAAGCCAAUAGAAAGCUAAGUGCCACAUCAUUCGAACCCCUGGAAAAUAUGGUCGUCUGUCCGAUAGACUUGAAUCUUUUGGAAGAUCCUCGUCUGUUGCCCUGUGGCCAUGCAUUUUGCUGUGACUGCCUCACAAAAUACAUGCAUCAGCUGCCAAUGGGAGUCAAAGAGAAGGCCACCACCAACGAGGAACCCCGAUUUGCCUGUCCUAUAUGCCGAACUGUCUAUCCAGUACCCCCAGCGAAGAGUGCCAGCACAUUUCCAAAAGCAUUCAAUCAUCUGGUUAUUUUGGAGUUUCUCAGGAAAAAUCAACUGCAGACGUUUAAGAUUCCAAGCGCGCCACCACUUUCGGGCGAAAACGAUAAUAACAGCCGACAGGCUAUGGUGGCGAAUCAUCGAAAGUCAUCCACCCAAGUUAGUUCACAGAUGUUAAAUUACAUUGUCAACGACAUUACAGCCCGGGAACGUGACGGAAAGAUUAGCCCCGCAGACAGAGCUGUGAUCAUGGAUGAGAUUUCAAAACUUCUUCAAAGACUUGAAGGUGAUCAGAAAUCGUCAACAUCUCCAGUGGUAACAAAAAUCAAAGAACCACUACAAAUUCCCUCGGUCUCGAACUCAUCAUCACACUCGCCAAACGGAUCGGUACGAGGUCUCGGCAGAUUCCAUGCUUUUGCUGAUAAGGUACGACUACGAAGACGGUCGUCUGUGAGACCGGUUCAAACUGAGACACUGAGUUACACCACAUAUAGAGACGUAGAAAGUUUGCGGUGGUCAAUGAAACACAAGUCAACCUACGAGGUAUUGACUAAAGGAAAGGAUUGUUGUGUAAUGCGUGCAGGUGAGAAUUUUCAACCGGUUGAUAUGCAGCUUAUACCACAGUCCACAUCUGCUCAGGUGUUGAGAUGCACAUUGACCACCGAUGAAAACAGAAGGGCCUUGGUUUUAUGGAGCCAGAAGAUCAAACUCGAUCACCAUUCGAUCCCAGUUGAUUCAAAGAGACCAAAGAGUGCCAAGGAGAGUCUACAAGAAGAAACACGCGGUGCUGUGAGGUUGAACGGCACCGGUGCCCUUAAGGUGCAAUAUGUUCGGUUCUUCAAACAACAUAUAUACUUAACUGGAAUAAUCUCCUCUCAAUCCUCUACUCUGAGUGACCGGAAGACUGGAAGCAAUCUUCAGACAGACAGUUCUUGUUUCAGCAUCCCACCAGAAGAAUACGCUGUACUAGUUCGCUGUGAAGCUACUGGCCUAAAAGCGACGGAAAACGGGACAGAGCCCAGCGAUCCUUUUCCUAUCCGAGCUGUAUCAUGCCCGUUUCGUCGAGAUUCGGUUGGACAUGAACGUCUUGACCAACCUAUUCUGUCCGGGAUCGAUAUAGAUCGAACAAAUGGCGAUGUCUACCUGGCCCAACCGGCGAACGCCAUGAUUUGCCGCCUGAAAGCACACGACCUCAGUAGAACCGACGGAAUGUGGUACUUAAACGAACCACAGUUAUCACCGUGUUUCCUGUGCUAUACAAAUGAUACUAAGGAGGUUUGGGCUACGUGUCAACGUGAGGACAAAGUGGUCAUAUUAGACCUGGAAACCAAUGGCUUUCAUCAUUUCAAACCAUCCCUCUCUUUCGGCAUCAAUCCUUCACACAUCGUUUACACAUCCGAUCAACGGAUAGUCAUGCUGGACUCCGAACAGUCACGUCUGUUAUGGAUAGCCAAAAUCCACCACACAAUUUGUGUGCAGUUCUUGGACGUGCAAUUUCACGGUCGGCAACGCCGUAAAUUUCUUGCCAUUCAGCCAGUAGAUGAUACCGCGGUUAUGGCUGGUAUCUUAGAUUCACCAAAAAUUCAUCAUACCCUAAUCAGCGGUGGGAUCCUGUGUGCUCAUGAUUGUGGAUGUUCCAUAAUCUAUCCGAAGAAGCAACUAUCCAAGCUACGUUCUGUCCGAAUGGAUUGCACUUCAAUAUUCUCCUGCUGAGCAACCAGGCCACAGACGGUUCGAAUCACAGGAUCUUCUGUACCGUCCCGCAUUUCCCCGAUAACGCGACAAUGCCACUAUGCAAGCGCCUUCCACAGCGACAGAAUAUGAUUGGACCACCCAGGCGAUUAUUUCUCCUUCUCAUUAUCAGUUAUUAUUGAUAUUACUUCCUAUUGUUUUUUGUUGUCAUCUCCAUUUUCCAUACUUCCUGAGCAUUUACCUACAUUGCCAUCAACCCACAAGCCAAACAUGAUGUGCAGGGUUGUUUUGUUUUAUUCGCGGCGCGACGUGAAUAUGCAAUGCUUCCUGCCUGUUUCACUAAUUCGCAUAAUUUUAAACGUUGAUUUGCA